AGAAAAGGCAUUGCCACUUUGAAUAGGUACAGGAUGGCGAGAACAACAUCAAAGAAAACAGCCGCCCAAAGCACCGAUGCAGACCUGAAGGCUGGUGCUCAGAGCUGUUCAAGACCUGAAGAAGAUGAUGCAGGCCCGUCAAAUGAUAAUGGAGAGCCAAGCACAUCUCGACCUGUCCGAAUAUACGCUGAUGGCAUCUUUGACCUCUUCCAUUUUGGGCACGCAAAGGCAUUGGAGCAGGCCAAAAAGCUGUGUCCAAACACCACCUUGGUUGUGGGCUGCUGCAACGACGAGCUCACUCACAGGCUGAAGGGGAAGACAGUGCUGACAGAGGAGGAGAGAUACGAGUCUUUGAGGCACUGCAAGUGGGUCGACGAGGUGGUUCGCGAUGCGCCGUGGGUCAUAACGCCGGAGUUUCUGGAGAAGCACAAUAUUGACUAUGUCGCCCAUGAUGCCCUGCCUUACAGCGACGCCACUGGCCAGGGCAAUGAUGUGUACGAGCUGGUGAAGAAGUUGGGGAAGUUCAAGGAGACAAAGAGGACGGAGGGCGUGAGCACGUCUGACAUUAUCCUGCGCAUCAUCAAAAAUUACAACGAGUAUGUGCUGCGCAACCUGUCGCGUGGCUACUCGCGGAAGGAGCUGGGAGUCUCCUUAGUCAGGGAGAAGCAGAUCCGGGCGAAGCAGGGCAUGAAGCAGCUGAGCAAGCGCAUGACGGAGCAGCGGCUGCAGGCGCUCGAGCGGCUGCGGCGCAACAUGACCGGCACCAGCGGGCAGCCGGUGCGCAUCCUGCCGCGCGACAUGGAGCAGGGACUCAAGGAGUUCGCCUCCGGCGUCGAGCAGCUCGUCGACCGCCUGGUGAGUGGGGAGCUGGGCCUAGAGAUGGCGCAGCACGCGGACAAGUUCAUGGUGGGGGUCAUCUCCAACGUUGAGAGCAGCUACACCAAGUUUGAGCAGGCCAUCAAGCGCACGCUGCGCAUGCCCAUCACUCGCAAGCGCCAGCCCUCCAGGAGAGCCAAGCAGGUCGCCCUGAACAACGCGAAGAAGACUGCUCUCAACGCUGUCAAGAAGGGCGCUGUUGCCAAGCCUGCCUCCCACCGGCGCAGGUCCCUCCUCUGGUAGUGUUCAAAGGCCGGGGCGGACAGAGCGCCUGUCAGUGUGUGGAGGAUUUCCCAGACAGGGUUGGGCGUGCAAGUGUGCGCGGUUUGAAGUAUCCAUGUGCCGGUUUGAGUUUGGUGGUGUGUCUAAUAGUAUCAGAAUACUUCUCGGCCGUGUUUCGCUGGAGAGCAAAUGGUGUAUCGUGUACUUUGUGGGUAUUUUGGAUUCAAUGGACUGGCGGAGGCAUGACAUCUGCCCCAGUGCAUCAAUUGGCUGCAAGACACACACUUGUUUGAUAAGCUGCAGCGGUGGCGCUGAUCCUCGUGCUCUAAGGAGGUUCAAGGGUGCAAAUGAUCACUGCUUAGGGCUGCACAGCAGGGCUUGAGCCCUGCUUGCUGUAACAUCACACUCUGCCAACUCUUGAUCAGUCUUCCACUGGAUGUCGAGUUCAGCUCUGUGCAAUCAUGGACCUUCCACUGAGAUGUUGUCGUCUCUUGAGUCUCUCCAUCUUGUAAAGCUAAGCAAUGC